UCGAUUUAUCAAAACUAUCGAUUUAAAUCGAUAUUAAGAAAUCGGUCCAGCACUAAAGAAAAUAGAAAAUAUGAUGCCAAAAAGUGAAUAAUAAAGUAAUUUUCAGACGAAAAAGAAACAAUAAAUUGUGUUUGUGUCGCGCACAUGGGAUGUUAACGCGUUCCAAACCGUGCUGCGCCUUCAAUUAAUCAAAAAUUUAAGCAGUUGAAAUUAAUUUGUGACAAAGACAUCGCCAGCAAUAGCAGCAGAAGCAGCAACAAAUAUCGACGACAGCGACUUCUGGUCGCUCAGUCGCGACUCGCGCGAGCUGUUGAGAAAAAAGUUCCCAGGACAAACAAACAGAGAAACUGCUUGAGGGAAGUGGAAGAUAAAGAAGAAGAAGGAAAAGGAGGAGGCAGCAUAUACAGUCAUAGAGUCAAGCACAACACGAGAGAAGACAACGCACAAGAUGAGCUGCAAAGUGCGGCUAAUGGAGGAUGGAUCACUGGACGAGGAGCCGCUAACACUUAAGGAGAUCGCCUAUCAGAAGCUCUGCAACAAUCUGGACAUCAUCAGUGGCUACACGGAGAGCGGACAACGCACAUUGAACACGGGCAUUGUGCUGACCAAUGAAAUCUGCGAUGCAUUUCUGGAAAACUAUCAGCGCUUCCAUCGGCCACUUGACGAUAGGGUUAUAAAUCUAUUUAGCGACACUCGUCGCACUUCCCUCAAGAUUGUGAAUCUGCGUUACAGCACACUGAGCAGCUUAGGUCUAGAGACGCUAAUGCGUCAUAAACUGUUUGCAUUGUCCAUGUGGUAUUGCGAUAGGAUCACAGUGAAUUCACAUCACCUGCUGGCACACUAUGGCGAUAGCUUACGCUCCUUGGAGCUGGGCAUCAGUUCGCAUCUGCUGCAGAAUGCCGAGCCCAAUGAGAAGGAGCCAGUGGACUUUCAGCUGACCUGCCCACAUUUGCGGCGUCUGGUGCUCAAUGGCGUUGUCAUGCAUCAUCGACUGCAGUUUGCCCACUUGCAGGACCUGAGUCAUUUGGAUCUCACAUCCUGCGUGCUGGCCAACUUCAGUCUGGAGGCAUUGGUCAUGUUGCCCAACCUGCACACACUCAUUUUGUUUAAUGUGUGGCCCAUUGCCAAUCAGCUGCAUGCGAUCUGCUGUCUGCGACGUCUCUGCACUCUGGACAUUUCAAUCUCGAGCUCGGGUAACGGACAUGGCACCUAUGACCUGCCCGAUCAGACACUCGAAAUGCUCAUGGACAACCUGCGCCAUCUAACGCAUCUGGAUAUCUCGGGCACAAAUUUAGCCGGAAAUGGCGUGGCCACCAAGGAGUCCACUAAUGCCAAUACAAAGACAGAGCAGCACUUUGGCCCCACGGAUAUACCCGGACUUGCAUCUCGUACCCAGCGACCGCUACAGUUUCUCGGACUUUACCACACGGCGCAUUGGGCGUGCAAACGACACGAUAUACCCGCUCUGGAGGUGGCCGGCGAUGCCAACGAGCAGCAGAUACUCACAGCAGCGCGAUAUUAUCACGACAGACCCGUUCUCCUGACCAGAGUGCUCAAUGAUCUGUAUCAUCUGUUUCGCUUUGAGAACUGCAAGGACAUACACACAGCGCUGGAUGUUGUGCUCUGUGCCAUGGAUAGACAUUUGAAAUUCAAGCACAUGCAAAUAUCGGGCAGCGCAACACUGUUCUACAUUGUAAAAGGUCGCGAUCGUUCCAAAUUUGGCACACUGUUGCGCAACCACAUAAUAAGGACUCUUUUAAAUGGCAUGGAGAUGCAUCUGACGGAUGACACGAUGCUACGCAAUGGUUAUCUGACGUUGACACAAUUCCACAUGCCAGUCGAUGUGCUGUUUGAAUAUGAGCGGCUUAUCAAGAUACUGCUGCAUGGCGUGUCCAAGACGGAGCAGGAGGGUUUUGUCCAGCGCAUUGCUAUCUAUCUGCUCAACACAUUGGCCUGCCAGGUGGAUGGCAGGCAGAAGCUCUUUCUGGGGGAGCUGGGUGUGGUCAGCACGAUGCUGACGCUGAUCAAGGAUCGGCUGACGCGCUCAGUGUUCGACGAUGUGAUGGAGGUGGCGUGGUCGACCAUGUGGAAUGUAACCGAUGAGACUGCUAUUAAUUGUAAGAGAUUUCUGGAUGGACGCGGCAUGGAGUAUUUCCUUAAGUGUUUAAAUACAUUUCCCGAUCGUGACGAGCUCUUGAGAAACAUGAUGGGACUGCUGGGUAAUGUAGCCGAGGUCAAAUGGCUGCGUCCCAAGCUAAUGACGCAGGAGUUUAUUGAGGUAUUUGCGCGUCUGUUGGAUUCGUUGAGCGAUGGCAUCGAGGUGGGUCAUCAGGGUGGAAGACUAGCCAAUGACAAUGCUAACCAUCUGCGCUUCCAGGUCAGCUACAAUGCGGCUGGAGUGCUGGCACACAUUGCCUCCGAUGGCGCCGACGCAUGGACCAUUAAAUCGCCCACACGACAACAUGUCCUGGAGCGUAUGGUGGCCGCCAUACAACGCUGGAAUAUCAAGAGUGAGCGCAACAUCAACUAUCGCAGCUUCGAGCCUAUUCUCAGUUUGGUACGCUGCUAUGAGACACCUCAAUGUCAACAUUGGGCUGUCUGGGCACUGGCCAAUCUCACACAGGUCUAUCCGGAUAAAUAUUGUCAGCUGGUGGAACAGGAGAAUGGCAUACAAAUACUGACCGAGCUGAUCGAGCAUGAGAGUCCCUAUUGUGAGAUUAAGCGCAUUGCUCGCCUGGUCAUCGAACAGUGUGACUUGGGUAUGGAGCGCAUGGUGGAGGGUUAAACAAACGUGAAACCCAAGCGAGAGUCUAGUUUUAAUAUUCGAGUUUGUUGUAAUGUUUAUGUUUUUAAGGCAACAGCAAGUGUUAUCGUUCAGAUUCUUCCUCGAUUUUUUAUAUGUUUAAUUGAAAAAGAAAAAUUUCAAAAUGAGAUAUGCAAAAAAAAGUGUGAAAGUAAUUGCUCGUUUUUCAGCGAAAUUAGGAAAAGUAUGCUAAAUAUCUAUAUAUUAUAAUAAUUACUAGGUCAUAUAAACGAUAUAUAUUUGUGUAUCUAUAUAUCAUGUUGUAAGCAAGCAAGCGAUUUUUUUUAAGAUGUGAUUAAGGCCCUGUCGGAACUGUAAAUAUUGUUAACUUAAAAAAAGUAAAACUCAAAGGAAAGAAAAGAAAAGGCAAUGAAGUAUAGCUACAGAUUAAAUAGAACCUUAAUUAAAUAACUUUAUGCAACCUAA